UGUUGCUGAAUAUUAUGAUAAAGAUGUCAUUUUGUAGUGCAUAUGCAGGGCAUAGUGAUUAUUCUAUUCUGAAUGUGCACACUUAUUUCUCUUUCUUGUUGCUGAGAUAGGACUAAAUUGACUUUACUUUGGAGACUUGAUAUGCUGUCUUGUCUGAUGGUGGAACUUCGUGGAAGUACUUUACUCAAGGGCACUAUGACAGCAUGUGGGAUUCAAACCUGCACCUUUUAGAACUUGCUGCCCCAGGACAGUGUUGAUGUCAGAAACCCGUGGAUUAUGUGUUACCUGUGGGUGCUGAGACACAAUCCCACACACACACAUAUAGACCAUUGUCUCUCUCUGACCUGCUCUCCUGCAAGGAGCCAGGAUGGAUGUGGAGAACCUGAGCAAGUCAGAGCUGCUGACACUCUUCAGUGUGCUGGAAGGGGAGCUAGAAGCUCAGGACGUGGUGAUUGAGGUGCUGAAGGCCCAGCAGCGGGAUGCAUUUGUGGAGGAGCGCUAUGGAACGUAUGACCCCAGCGAUCCCUUCCUUGCCCUUCACAGAGACAAGGAGAUGGCAUUGGGGCCAGAUCCCAAGAACAGGCCUCCCCCAGGCCUUGCUCCUUAUCCCAGUCCCCUGGCUGUGUUACAGCUGGUGGUGACCCACUGCAAAAAGAUGCAACAAAAAAUGCUGGCCCAACUGGCUGCUGCUGAGAGCCGCCACAGGAAAGUCAUUGCAGACUUGGAGGAGGAGAAGCGGAGACAUGCCCAGGACACGGCAGACGGGGACGACGUCACAUACAUGCUGGAGAAGGAGAGAGAGCGCCUCGUGCAGCAGCUGGAAUUUGAGAAGGCUCAGGUCCGUCGUCUAGACAAGGAGCAGAGGCGCCUCUCCAUACAGGCAGAGGAGGAGCGGGUGCAGCAUCGAAAGCUCUCUGCUUCCCUGGCCAAGGAGUGCCAGCGAGCAGCAGCUCGGGCUGUGGAGCUUAACCGUGAGCUGGAAGAGGAGCGCAUGGUGACUCGAGACUUGAGGGCACACCUGGAGGAGGAGCGAAUUGCAGCUCAGGACCUGAGGGCACAGCUGGAGGAGGAGCACAUGGCAACUUGGAGCCUGAGGGCACAGCUGGAGGAGGAGCGCAACCGGCUGAGGGCUCCAUCUGAGGAGCAACAUGAGCUCUUGCAAAUGCAGCUGCAGCAGGAAAAGAGAUGUUACCAGGAGCUGCUGGCAGAGCUGGAGGGGCACAAGGAAGAGGGAUCCAGGCCAGGGGGGGCUCAAGGUCAAGUCAGCAUCACGUUCGUUGCCAGCCAGACUGAGGAAGGAAAUGAUCAGACUCUUGACACAUCUGCCAGCUUCACAAUGAAUGGGCACCAUGUCCAGGUGGAGACAGACGCCUCCAGUGAGAAGCACAUCAAGGAGAAUGGCCAUGAAAGCGUGGUCCUGCGCUCACCUAUCUCUUUCCACUCAGGCCUGUCCCCCAGCACCAGUGGCUCUUCCCCCUGUUCAUCCCCAGUCUUGGCCAAGAAGCCGGUCAGCUAUCAGUCUUCUUAUCAGGCUGGAAUUAACCAGCGCUUCCAUGCUGCACGGCACAAGUUUCAGGGCUCCUCGGGAGAGGAGGUGCUGGGGAGUAGCACUGUACGCACCCCCUGGGACAUGUCCCCCAGUGAUGCACCGGCUGAGCCUGGCACAGUUAAGCAGCUGGCCCGCCAUACUGUCACCCAAGUCCUGUCACGCUUCACCUGCCAGCAGAGUAGUCCCAAGCCGGCCUCUCCCAGCAGUUCUCCAUUUGGCACUGAUUAUCGAAACCUGGCCACAGCAUCCCCUGUAGCUUCGAAGUUUCCAAGCUCUUUGCCCCAUGGAGUCAAGUCCCCCACUCUCUCACGCACAGAACGGGGCAACCCACCCCCCAUCCCCCCGAAGAAGCCAGGCCUGGCCCAAUGUCCAGCCUCACCUAGGCUCAUGUCCCGGACCAGCCAUUUCCCCGAGCUCUCCAGCACCUGUGGCCUGAGCAGCAGCCAGGAGGACACCAAAGAGCGAGGCCUGGUUAUGUCCUCCACCAGCUAGCCGCAGUACCCUCGCUCAUCUUGCUGAGACACUGCCUUCUGUCCAUUAGUAGUUUUGACCAUUUUGUACUUUAUGGACUGUAAAAUUGUCAUUGCAGACCUGCUCCAGCUCUUCUCAGUAUGCAGGGACCUGGGAGCUACACCUUCUGUAGUGGCUCCUGCUCAAGGAGCUGGAUGAGAAAAAGUGCCUUGCCCUGGUCACCCGAGCAAUCUACAUCCUUGUAUGUUCAAUGUUUCUUAGUAGCGUCUUGUCUUGAGGUAGGUAUAAGGAGGUAUCCAUGAGGAAUCCGUUGCUCAUUGACUGAUGUGGUGCCUGCAAAUUCCAGUGAAGAUGUCACUAUAAGUUUCUGUGUUGUUGUGACCUGAAGGUAAGAGGGGAAACUCAUUCCCGUAGUCCCAUGGUGAUGGUGGGACUUCUUACUCAUACGUGUCCUACAAACAGUGCUCUUUCCAGCUAAGGCUUUGAGUAGGAGCGACUUCCUUUGUAAGGUUCCACUUGUAGCACCUUGCCUUCAUGCAGUCUGGAGGAGGUGUUGUGCUCCUUCAUCAUUGUCAAACCCUUGAAGGUCAAGCUGCUUUCACUGCAAGGUGGGGACUCUCACCUGGGGGUCAUGAAAAUACACAGAAACACUCAACAUUUAUUUCUUGCCCUCAUAGAGGGAUUAUGAGAAAGUCCAGUCCAUCUAGGAGAGAGAUGUGAGAUAAUGCCCUCUAUUUGCCAUGUAAAGACUACAAAACCUCAAGUAUCAGCUCUUGGAUGUUAUGUAAAAUGGUGCAUAACACGGAUAUUUUCCCAUAAUGUAUAUUGUUUUAUUUUGGACUUACAGUUGAAAUGUGUCACUGGGUGUAGUGGCAAAUAAAUGGGGUUAAAGUAUCCUGUAAUGUGAUACGGUCACAAAUACACAGUGACAGGUCUGUGAAACAAUACACAGCAGGGCACUGUUUAAAUUGUAUACAUCCCCAGCUCUGAGGAACAAUGAUGAUUCAAUAUCUGAAUGUUGUGAAUCAGUCUUGACAACAUGGAGUUCUGCUGGAAUGAACAGUUAAAUUUUUCUUCACACCAUUUUGGUUACAUUGAAGCUGAAUGUUGAAUCUCUUAUUAUUGUAAUACCUAAAAAAAA